AUGGACGACGCAGCUCGGCUGACUCCGACCAAUGACAGGCGGCCAAGUGCUAUGACAUUUCCUUUUCUCAUUGGUGCUGGGGGAUUGCGUGCAGCCUUCCGAUUGGCAGUCGUCCUCGUGUCAGGCCGGUCCAUGCCUAUGUGCCGUGCAGACCGAAGCGCCUGUGGAGCGUUUGCAAGUUCAGAGGAUGUGACUGGAGGUGUAAAACUUGAUGAGGAUAUCGGAAAGAGCCGAGAUGCAUUGAGAACGGAUGAUGAAGUGGUGCAGAGGGAGGAAGAAGCAAUAAAAUUGGAUGGUCUCAAUGUGGCACAAAUCAAGGAGAUAAGAGAUAAGGCGGAGAAGUUCAUGUUCCAGGCAGAAGUCAGCCGAAUGAUGAAGCUUAUCAUCAAUUCCCUGUACCGCAACAAAGAGAUCUUCUUGCGAGAACUUAUUUCAAAUGCUUCUGAUGCUCUUGAUAAGAUUCGGCUGAUAUCACUCACAGACCGAUCAGCAUUGGAUGCCACAGAGGAGUUAUCUAUACGAAUCAAAGCAGACAAGGAGAACCACAUCUUGCACAUCACAGACACAGGAAUCGGAAUGACGAAAAACGAGCUGGUUUCAAAUCUUGGAACGAUAGCUAAAUCUGGGACAGCUGAAUUUCUCAACAAACUUGCUGAGUCAACAGACAGUCAGGAGGAGAACAAGCUAGACAUGGGUGAUCUCAUUGGACAGUUUGGAGUUGGAUUCUAUUCAUCCUUCUUGGUUGCCGAUCGUGUGGUGGUGACCUCCAAGCACAACGAUGACAAGCAGCACAUCUGGGAAUCGGAUGCUGCCAACUUCAACAUCAUGGAGGACCCCAGAGGACCAACUCUGAAACGAGGAACCACAGUCAGCCUGUAUUUGAAGGAAGAAGCCCUUGACUUCCUGGAAGAGGACACCAUCAGAGACCUCAUCAAGAAGUAUUCUCAGUUCAUCAACUUCCCUAUCUACCUCUGGUGCAGCAAGACUGUGAAGGUGGAGGAGGCUGAAGAAGAGGCAGAAAAGGAGGAGGACGAACUGGUCGAUGAAGGAGAGGUGACUGAGGAGAAGACUGAGACAAAGGGACCCAAGGAGAAGACUGUCUGGGACUGGGAGAAGAUGAACACCAGCAAACCCAUCUGGAUGAGAAAGUCGCAUGAGAUUGAGGAGGAGGAAUACAAUGACUUCUACAAGACACUGACCAAGGGUCACGACAAUCCAAUGACACGAAUCCAUUUCACUGCCGAGGGGGAGGUCACCUUCCGGUCACUCCUCUACAUCCCCAAGGAGCUUGAAAAUGAGAUCCUCUCUAACUAUGGGAAGAAGCACAACAUCAAGCUGUACGUCCGACGAGUCGUGAAGCUGGGCGUGGUGGAGGAUCCAUCAAACAGGACACGUCUGGCCAAGCUGUUACGCUUCCGUUCGUCUCAUGGUGAAGGCUGGUCAUCUCUGCAAGACUAUGUUGAACGAUCCAAGCAGGGACAACGCUUCAUCUAUUAUAUUGGUGGUGGCUCCAAGGAAGAGGUUGAGGCAUCUCCAUUUGUGGAACUCCUGCUGAAGAAGGGCUAUGAGGUCCUCUACCUCCUGGACCCAAUUGAUGAAUACUGCAUCCAGUCUCUGCCUGAAUUUGAAGGUCGAAAGUUCCAGAAUGUGGCACGUGAGGGACUGGAACUCCCAACUUCUGACGAGGCCAAAAAGAGCUUUGAAAAUCUCAAGGAACGAUUUCAGACUCUCACCAAAUGGCUUGGAGAGAAUGCACUCAAGGACCAGAUUGCAAAAGCUGAGUUGAGCCAGCGCCUGGCCAAAUCCCCUUGUACACUUGUUGCUUCUGUGUUUGGCUGGACAGGGAACAUGCAGCGCAUCAUGUCUGCUCAGACUCACACCAAGCAUAUGGAUCCCCAUUCUGAGUACUACAUGAAGCAGAAGAAGACCAUGGAGAUCAACCCCCGUCAUCCGAUCAUUCAGGAACUGCUGAGACGAGUCGAGGAGGAUCCUGCGGAUCCUGUUGCUCACCAGGCUGCUCUCACUUUGUAUCGAACUGCUGUGUUGCGAUCUGGUUACCAGUUGACAGAUGCCACCGAGUUUGCUGAGGCAGUCGAGGGUAUGAUGCGGCAAUCGCUUGGGGUUCCACUUGAUGCCGAGGUGGAAGAAGAUGAUACCAUCGACGAGCCGGCAGCAGAGCAGGAUGUCCCUGUUGAGCCGAUGGAGCACGCUGACGAAGACGAACACGACGAGCUGUGAUCGGUCGUGACCUCGUCCCCAGCACCGUUCGCUACAACUCAAUCGUGUGAUAUGCACCCAGGUCACAAUAAUGUUUAGGGAUUGAUGCGGGAAGUUUUCCAUACAUUUCCACCUCGAUUGGUCUCAGAUUUUUUUCCUGUGUGCGAGAUCGUUGUCUCUUCUAUUCCUCCCCCCCAAAGAGAUGUGAUAUGGAGGCAUUGCGAAUCUUCCCCUCUUGGCUCUCCUCCCAGUGAGUGUUUCCAUUCUUCCUGCGUUUCUUCCCUUCGAGUGGAAUUUUGUCCCGGUACAAUACAAACAUGUUACUGCUGAAACCAAA